UGUGUUUGCUCAUGGUCAACUGUACACAGCCCUGUCAAGAGUCCGGAAAAGGGAAGAUAUCACAGUGCUGAUGCCGAACUCAAAUCAUCUGUGGCGACACCGAAGGUUCCCAUGCCUUGUAGAAGAUAAUAAAAUUCGGGCAGAUCAACAAUCCGCAUAGCCACGUACAAUUGGGUUUUCUCACGGCUGUGGCUUUAUUUCUUCCGACUGAUGCGUCCAACUCCAAUCCUCAACUUACGGGUCCUCGUCCCCGUCAAGCGGUGUGUAGAUUAUGCUGUGAAGAUUCGCGUGAACGCAGCACAGACGGGGGUUGAUACAAAUGUUAAACAUUCGAUGAACCCAUUCGAUGAGAUAGCUAUAGAAGAAGGCGUUCGCCUCCGCGAGCGUGCCCAAAAAUCCAACUCUCCUUUCCCGAUCACCAACAUCACGGCACUCACCAUCGGACCUCCCAAAUCCGCUGAAACGCUCCGUACGGCCCUCGCCCUAGGCGCCGAUUCGGCUAUUCAUGUCGAAACGGCUGAAUCGAAUCCUUUGCCUGAACCUCUCACCGUCGCCAAGGUCAUUCAAGCUAUCAUACAAAAGCAGCAGCAAGGAGGAGAAGGGAAGGAGAAAGAGAAAGUGGAUCUGGUGAUUAUGGGUAAACAGGCUAUCGAUGAUGAUGCAGGGCAGACGGGACAGAUUCUCGCUGGAUUGUUAGGAUGGGGACAAGCUACGUUCGUGAGCAGAGUGGACGUGAGGGAGGAUGGACAAGGUGUGGAUAUCAUGAGAGAGGUGGAUGGUGGAGCGGAGGAAUUGAGCGUUAGGUUGCCUGUUGUUAUCACUACGGACUUGAGAUUGAAUGAGCCCCGCUUCGCCUCUCUGCCAAACAUCAUGAAGGCCAAAAAGAAGCCUAUAGAGAAAAUCACACCUUCCGAUCUCGGUAUUAACUUUGAACCUGCGUUCAAGACACUUAAAGUCACCGAACCCCCCACACGGAAAGGAGGGCAAAAGACUACGAAUAUUGAAGAGGUGGCGAAGAUUUUGUCUGCACAUGUGGCGAGAUGACGGUGGGGACACGCGCGGGGGACAGCCCGAAUCAAGGUGGCGUCGUUGGGCGCCGCUGAUGUGAUGGUAACGCGCUCCAUGUCCGACGGCAGUCGAUCACCUUGUCGAUCGCAGUAGGCAGGUCACCAGCGUCCAUCAUCAGUGUGUAGCAACGUUAAAUUUUUCUCGGUAUUAUAGUGUGAAGUGGUUACAACCCCCGCAUUUCUCAAAGGCCAAGUAGCUUAAUUACAAUAUCGUCGUCAACCUUAUUAACCACCAAUACCGGGCGGCAAAUUCGCGGAUUUUGUUCGACUGAGGCCAACGAAAACUUAAUUGAUGGAGCCACAUUGACCUACAUUGUUUUUUUCUUCCACCAAUGCGUUUUCCUCCUG